UGUUCAAAUUUAUUUUAAGAACUUUAUUUGGCGGUAGGCCACGUCUUUAAUGGCGUAGCUGCAUCAACAACUAACCGAACCCUUGACUCUCCCUAUUUUCGACGUUCGUUUCACUUUCGUUACUGAUUUAUUGUCGUGACGACAAAACAAUCAAAGCGAAACAUAAUUUUCAAAUGUUCGCAUUCAAAGGAAUUCUGCCGAAGUUUAUCCUUUCGAGCAUGAAAUAUGAAAGGCAUUUACGCGAGCUUUCACUUUUAUUUAUAAUAUUAUUCUGGAAUUACCUUGGAUUUCACUUGAAAUUCGCGGCAGUUUAUCGAGAACUUCGUUGCAAGGAACAGUUUUAGAAAAUUGGAGUUGCUUAAAAAUGAGCAAAAGCUACAAACUAUUGAUUUAUAAAGAAGACAAGCAGUUAUUAAAAAAUACUACUUUACUACAUCUUAACUUAGAAACCGGAGGGGAUUUAUUUGGCUUAUGGCAAGAUGAUACAACUGCGGUCCUUCGAAUUGCGAUUGGGCCUGGGGAAAACUGCAGACGAACGCCAACUGCCUUCUAUCAAGAUGCUGAAUAUUUUGGCAGUGUUGGUCAGUAUCUUACCACGAAAAAAGGUUUGUGUAACAUUGGGGAAUGGCAUUCUCAUCAUCAACUCAAUCUUCCUGAGCCUAGUGGAGGUGACAAACGAACCGUAUGGCAUAAUAUGCCACAGUAUGGCUUGGAGAGGUUCUUAUUGAUCAUAGCUACUAUAAGAAAUCAAAGUGUAAAUUUGAAUGGCUUUUUGUUCACUCCACCAGCUCAUGGAAGGUCUUCAGGGGAAAUGUACCCCAUUGACAUGAAGACUUUACCUGGCCCAAAUCCUUAUAGAACACUACCUGAAGUGAUUGAGAAGUGUCACAAUGGAGCAGAGUCUUCUGCAAAGAAACUUUUAGAACCACUUCCAGAUCCACUUCCAGAUCCAUUUCCAAAUACCAAGAAAUCUGACCAUCAGCAGAAGGAUUCUGGCCAAAAGAGGCCUUCUCGCUUUCCCAGUUUCAGGAAGAGUUCUCGCAGAUCUUCUGGCCAAAAGAGGCCUUCUCGCUUUCCCAGUUUCAGGAAGAGUUCUCGCAGAUCUUCAAAAACAAAAAUUACCAAGAAGUCUGGCUCUGAUGAAGAGAAAUUCCUUGAUGGCAAGUCAACCUUUGAGAAUGCAGGAGAGAAACCUUCACGUAAAGAUGAGAAUCACAGGCAAUGGACAUAUCUAUGAAAGUUCCCACUAAUUGUUUAAUUGUUUUAAUACACUACUUUAAUGCACUUAAAUCCAACUUUUGGUGAUAUUACCUAAGGCACAGCUAGUGAAAAAAGUACAAUGACUACAGAGACAAGUAUUUUCACAUGUGAAGGAGCAAUGUAUGAUAUUUAGAAAACUAAAUAUCUCAAAUAAAAAUUUUUAAUUUUGCAUUAA